AUGGCUGAUGUUCUUUGGGAAGACCAACAGAGGAUCAAUAGAUUCAGCUAUCUAAACAUGCGCUCCAAAGAAAUCGACCUAGACUGCAAAACUAAAGAGGAGAAAUUCAACGCUUUACAAGAUGCACUUGAUGAGCUUGAAUUAUCAAUGGAAGGAAGCGUCAGAGUUAUGAUUGGUGAGUGUUUGAUACAAUGUACUGAAGAAGAAGCCAUUGAAAGACUUGAAAAAGUAAAGGACCAGAAACGUCAUGACUUGGAAAGCACAAGGGCUCAAUUGGAAGAAGUCCAAAAAGAAAUGCUAGCACUUAAAAGUUACUUGUAUGCAAGAUUUGGAACUAACAUAAAUUUAGAAGAAGAUUAA